AUGGCGGCGGCCCCCCCCCAGCAGGAGGAGGAGGAGGUGGACCGCAGACCGAUCCGGAGAGUCCGCUCCAAGAGCGACACGCCUUACAUCAGCGAGGCUCGGAUCUCCCUGCACCUGGAGACAGCUGAGGAGGUCGAGAGGUUGGCGGCGAUGCGCUCUGAUUCGCUGGUGCCCGGCACGCACACCCCCCCCAUCCGCCGGCGGAGCAAGUUCGCCAACCUGGGCCGUCUGUUCAAACCCUGGAAAUGGAGGAAGAAGAAGAGCGAGAAGUUCAAGCAGACGUCUGCAGUGCUGGAGAGGAAAAUGUCCACACGUCAGAGCCGGGAGGAGCUGAUCAAGAAAGGAGUUCUGAUGGAGGUUUAUGAGAAAGGUCGGACGUCUCCCUCCAUCCGAGAGGAGGAGCAGAUGGAGAACGGCCGCUCCCCCGAGCUGUCGGAGUCUGAAGGUUCGGAGCAGAUGGACGGAGCCGCGGCUGAAGGUUCCCUGGACUUUCCGAUGGCCAAUGACGGUGCGUGUCCACAGGACCACGCCCAGAAACCCAGCCAGGCUCCACCCACUAAGAAGCCCGCGGUGUACCACGCUAACGGCGCCGAGUCGCCGCUCUCCAGACCUCCGACGCUACACAAACAACCUCCUGUGCCGCCGCCCAAGCCCUUCGCCAGGCUGCCCAAUCACCUCACAGACGGCGCCCCGGUCAAGCUGCCAUGCAUGUCGGGGAAGUUGUCUUCUCCUCCUCUACCUCCAAAGAAGCUCAUGAUCUCCGUCCCGGCCGGGAGCAUGGAGCCGCCCUCUCUCGCCUUCCAGAAGUGCCCCGCCCCUCACGGCCACACGCCGAUGGGCGGGCACUCGCUGCAGUACGGCACGCUGCCCGCCGCUAUGCACCCGCCCAGUCGCAUCAUCGAGGAGCUCAACAAGACGCUGGCGCUCACCAUGCAGCGGUUUGAGAGCUCCCUGAUGCACACCGCUCCCACGGUGAUGAACGAGUGCAACAACGACAAAGAGAACCUCCCGAACGUAGAGGACUACGAGGAGCUGCCGGGGAUGUACAAGGACGAGGAUGACGAGGAGGAGGAAGAAGAAGAAGAAGAUGACGAAGAGGAGGAUGAUGAAGAUGAGGAGGAAGAAGACGAUGAAUCAAUGUUUACAAGCUCGCUCGCCAUGAAGGUUUUACGAAAAGACUCGCUGGCCAUCAAGCUGGGAAACCGUCCGUCCAAGAGGGAGCUGGAGGAGAAGAACAUCCUGCCGCUGCAGUCGGACACGGAGAGGAUCCACUUUCGCCAGCAGACGGCCACCAAACUGACCAGGAGGUUGAGUCAGAGGCCGACGGCCGAGGAGCUGGAGCAGAGAAACAUCCUCAAACCUCGAAAUGAUCUGGAGGAGCAGGAGGAGAAGAGAGAAAUCAAGAGACACUUGUCCAAGAAGCUCAGCCAGAGGCCGACAGUCGAGGAGCUGAGAGAAGCAAAGAUCCUGAUUCGCUUCAGUGACUACGUGGAAGUCGCCGAGGCUCAGGACUACGACCGGAGAGCCGACAAGCCGUGGACGCGGCUCACCGCUGCUGAUAAGGCUGCCAUUAGAAAAGAGUUAAAUGAGUUCAAAAGCACAGAGAUGGAGGUGCACGAGUCGAGCAGACAUCUGACCAGGUUUCACCGACCUUGA